CUGUCCUCGGCCCCAUGCGGCCCCAACGCCGUCUGUACUCCACCCCGCAGGUGGCAUCCACACCUGUCUCUACGGCGCCCCGCUCAGCGAGCUCUCCUGGUCGUCCUCCCUGUCUGUGGUGGCCGUGUCCUUCUCCGGGCUCUUCACCGUCAUCGCCCUCAUGCUGGCCUGCCUGUGCUGUAAGAAGGGUGGCAUCGGGUUCAAGGAGUUUGAGAAUGCUGAGGGGGAAGAGUACGCGGCCGACUUCUCGGCACAGGGCUCCCCGGCAGCAGCAGCUCAGAACGGGCCCGACGUGUAUGUCCUGCCACUCACCGAGGUCUCCCUGCCUAUGGCCAAGCAGCCCGGGCGUUCAGGCUGGCAACCCACAUGGCAGAUGCAGGGCCCACACUCCAGAGGUUAAAGUGCAGCUGCUCAAGUCCACAGAUCUGGGCCGGCACAGCCUCCUGUACCUGGAGGAGAUUGGCCACGGCUGGUUUGGGAAGGUAUUCCUCGGGGAGGUGAACUCGGGCAUCAGCAGCACCCAGGUGGUGGUGAAGGAGCUGAAGGCGAGCGCCAGCGUGCAGGAGCAGAUGCAGUUCCUGGAGGAGGCGCAGCCCUACAGGGCCCUGCAGCACAGCAACCUGCUCCAGUGCCUGGCCCAGUGCGCCGAGGUGACGCCCUACCUGUUGGUGAUGGAGUUCUGCCCGAUGGGGGACCUCAAGGGCUACCUGCGGAGCUGUCGGGUGGCAGAGUCCAUGGCGCCCGACCCUCUGACCCUGCAGCGCAUGGCCUGUGAGGUGGCCUGUGGCGUCCUGCAUCUGCAUCGCAACAACUAUGUGCACAGUGACCUGGCCCUGAGGAACUGCCUGCUCACAGCCGACCUGACGGUGAAGAUCGGCGACUAUGGCCUGUCUCACGGCAAAUACAGGGAGGACUACUUUGUGACGGCUGACCAGCUGUGGGUGCCACUGCGCUGGAUCGCGCCUGAGCUGGUGGACGAGGUGCACUGCAAUCUGCUGGUGGUGGACCAGACCAAGGCCAGCAACGUGUGGUCCCUGGGCGUGACCAUCUGGGAGCUCUUUGAGCUGGGAGCGCAGCCCUAUCCCCACCACUCCGACCGGCAGGUGCUGGCCUAUGCUGUCCGGGAGCAGCAGCUCAAGCUGCCCAAGCCCCAGCUGCAGCUGACCCUCUCUGACCGCUGGUAUGAGGUGAUGCAGUUCUGCUGGCUGCAGCCUGAGCAGCGGCCGACGGCCGAGGAAGUGCACCUGCUGCUGUCCUACUUGUGUGCCAAGGGUGCCACCGAGGCGGAGGAGGAGUUUGAGCGGCGCUGGCGCUCACUGCGGCCUGGCGGGGGCGGCGCGGGCCCCGGGCUGGGGGCGGCAGGCCUGGCACUGGGGGGCACGGGCGAGCUUGCGGCCACCUCAUCCUUCCCACUGCUGGAGCAGUUUGCUGGCGACAGCUUCCACACGGAUGGUGACGACGUGCUGACGGUGACUGAGACGAGCCGUGGCCUCAACUUCGAGUACAAGUGGGAAGCCUGCCGCGGCUCUGAGGCCUUCCCGCCGCCUGAGGGCGCACUGAGUCCGGGCCGAGACGCGCGUCUGCAGGAGCUCUGCAUCCCUGACGGCGCUCCCCCAGGCGUGGUGCCGGUGCUCAGCGCUCACAGCCCCUCGGUGGGCAGCGAGUACUUCAUCCGCCUGGAAGACCCCGCGCCUGCCGCAGGCCACGACCCCGACUGCGCCGGCUGUGCCCCCAGCACCCUCGCCGCCACCCUGCGCCCCGACGGCAGUGACCACGAUGAUGACUCUGACGGCAGCGAGGCCGCCUCGCUGGUCAUGGAGCCACUGCUGGGCCACGCGCCGCCCGCUGAUGGCCCCUGGGGCCACUUCGACUACUACCCACGCAGGAGCCAUGCCCGUGACCUGCCUUGCACCUCACGCUCACCCUCACCGUCACCAGAGACCCCAAUGCUGGCGGAGCCCAGAGCAGAGGAUAUUGACUGGGGCGUGGGGGCAUUCUGCCCGCCCUUCUUUGAGGACCCGCUGGGCACAUCCCCCUCUGGGAGCUCUGGGACCCGACCGUCCCCAGGUGGGGAAGAGCUGGGGGAGGCUGAGAUGCCCAGGGCUGCCCAGCACAGACACUGGAGCUCCAAUGUAUCUGCCAACAACAACAGCGGCAGCCGAGCGCCAGAAUUCUGGGUCCCAGGCCUCUCAGGCUACACGGACUGCUGCCCUGGUGUGAAGCAGGCCCUACAGACCGUCCCUGAGCUGGGCCAUCCUCUGAUCCCAGAGGACCGUAGAGAGCCUCUCCUUGGGCCAAAGGGGGCCUCCUCUGGUAAGAAGCUGGGCCGCUGCCUUGGCCUCCCCCAUCUGUAUCCUGCUGAGGGCCUGACACCUGCCCCGUGCCUGGUCACAUUCCCCUGGAUAGAGGCAGCCAGAAGCGGGGGCGACAGCCCCCAGGCAGAGCCCAGGCUUGCAGAGGAGGCCGAGGGCUCUGCUGGACUCCAGCUGCCCCUUCCCUCCAUCCCAUCCCCAUCCCAAGAGGGAGCCCUGCUUCCUGCCGAGGAGGCCAGCACCCCGCCCACCCUGCCUGCCUCACCUAUGCCCACUGGCAGCCCACAGCCUGCCACCAAGCCAGUCCAGGCCCUGGACAGCGACAGUGGCAGCAGCUUCCCUGAGCUGGAGGCACCAGGCAGUGAAGACGAGGACACGACUGAGGCCACUUCUGGUGUCUUCACUGACUUGUCCAGCGAUGGCCCACAGGCUGAGAAACCAGAUGUGACACCAGCCUUCCGCUCCCUACAGAAGCAGGUGGGGACCCCCGACUCCCUGGACUCCCUGGACAUCCCAUCCUCAGCCAGUGAUGGCGGCUCUGAGGUCUUCAGCCCAUUAGCUGUUGGCACCCCUGGCGGGCAGCCCCGAGCCCUGGACAGCGGCUAUGACACGGAGAACUACGAGUCCCCUGAGUUUGUACUCAAGGAGGCGCAUGAGCCCUGUGAGCCUGAGGCCUUUGAGGAGCUGGCCUCAGAGGGUGAGAGCCCCGGGCCAGAGACUCGUCUCUCCGCCUCCCUGGGUGGCCUCAGCGGGAAGAAUCCCUAUCGCGACUCUGCCUACUUCUCAGACCUGGACACGGAGCCAGAGCCCCCCUUGGGCCCCAAGGAGACGCAAGGCGGUGUCCCAGUCCCCGGGCCAGAGCCCGAUCUGGAGAGCCCGAAGAGCCCCAGGCUGCCGUCUGCACAGCCCUCCCCUGAGUUGGGGAUGCUUGGGGAGGCACAGGGCUCUGGCCCCAGGGAGGUGCCGCCACUGCCACUGCCUGAGGACUCUUCCCCACAGCCAAGCGCCUGCCCCAGGGGCCCCAGGCUGGAGCCUCCCUGGCCCCAAGACCCAGCCCAGGUGCCACCCAUGCCCAGCCCCGGGCGCUCUAAGAUUUUCCUGCUGACUCCGGUCCGGCCCAGCUCAGGAAGCCACCGCCCCGAGCUCCAGGAGACCCUGGCACUGCUGUCAGGGUUGGGCCUGCAGGAACGGACAGGGGGCCCAGGUGCCCCCAGAACCCCACUCUGCCUGGCCCUGCCGGCAGUCCCCGCGGCUCCAGAGGCGCGGCCGGAGGAGGAAGAGGAGGACAGCGAAGACAGCGACGAGUCGGACGAGGAGCUCCGCUGCUACAGCAUCCAGGAGCCGAGCGAGGAGAGCGAGGAGGAGGCGCCGCCUGUGCCAGUGGUGGUGGCGGAGAGCCAGAGUGCGCGCAACCUGCGCAGCCUGCUUAAGAUGCCCAACCUGCUGUCUGAGGCCUUCUGCGAGGACCUGGAGCGCAAGAAGAAAGCCGUGUCCUUCUUCGACGACGUCACCGUCUACCUCUUCGACCAGGAAAGCCCCACCCGGGAGCUCGGGGAGCCCUUCCCCGGCGCCAAGGAGUCGUCCCCCACGUUCCCGGCGGGCAGCCCGGGCUCCCCCAGCACCCCAGGCCGGCAUCGGCGGGCUGACUGCUCCCCCGACAGCCCCGCGGCCGAAGAGGGCGGAGGGUUCGAGUGGGACGAUGGCCUCCCGCUGACGCCGGCCCAGGAGCCAGCCCCGCACGUCCCUGCUGCGCCCCCCAAGCCCGCCAAGCCCAGUCCCUUCUCUCGCUUCACUGUCUCACCAGCGCCUGCGUCCCGCUUCUCCAUCACGCACGUCUCCGACUCGGACUCCGGGUCCGUGGGAGUGUGCCCUUAAUGGAUGGCUGAACAAGCAAGGAGGUCACCAGGAGGCGAGUAUGUGACCCUGGCCAGCCCAGUCCUGUUCGGGUCUCAGUUUCCCCACCUGUAAAAAGAGGACUCAGAGGGCUGAUGCUGAGCUUUGUUGGGCCCGGUCCCUGGUGAUGGGGUGGGAAGGAUAGUCGUCUGGCUCCUACCUAGAUAGGCGGGCAGGCCUGCUGCAGCCCCAGCUGCUCAGUGGCCCCUAAGCCAGGGAUUGAGGCCAGGUGAAAGUCCUGGGGGAGGGGACUCUGGCUGUCCUUGGAGGGGAGGGUGCUCUCAGGAGUCCCUGUGUCCCCAGUGUCUCCCUAAACAUGUUUGCCAGGUCCUACAGCAGGUGCUGGGGGCAGCUGUAAAGAGGCCUGAGCCCCAGGCAGCCCCUGCUUGGAGCCCCUGCCGGUUCUCUUCCCGGCAGCAGCGAGGAUGGUGACCGAGAGUGGUGGGGACUUUCAUCCUGGCAGUGGUCGGCAGCAGCUUCCAAGUGCUUCGGUGCCCCAUGCAGCACCCUGGAGGAGCAGGGCAGGACGAGAGGCCCCUCUCUGGCGCUGGACAUUAGAGCAUCUGUGCACACCAGCCCCGUGCUGCCCCGGGGGCAGGAUUUGUCCUGGACACUUGGGUUUGCUGCUAGGCCCUAGGGAUGCCCUACAGCCGCCCCUCACCCUGAAGCUGCCCCCUCCCCCCGCUGUCAAGACUGCUUGGCCUCUGAGGCCAGGGGCCCUCGCAUGCCCUGCCCACAGGUUCCUGUGGUGUGUUGCAGGCUGCUGUGUCCUCACCCCAGGUGAGAGGGCAGGUACAGGCCUGCUAGGACGGCCUCUCCCUGCCCCCUUUGCCCCUUCUGCCGGUUCAGGGUUUGCUCAGUGCAAGAAGAGGACACCGGGCUCGUGUGUCCCCGCUCCAAGUCUGUGGCUGUUUCCCCUUCACUGAAUCAGUUAGACCGUAAGCUCUCCCUCCCCACAGGGUCUGGGCCGGCUCCUGCCUGGGUCCCACUGGAGCCCUGCGAGGGGACUGAGGUGGGCAGCCCGAAAGAUGGGGGGCUUUCAGGUUGCAGUCCUGCUGCUUCAGCUCCUGUCUAGAGGUGCCUGUGGCUCCCCUCUGCAAGGUAGUGCCCAGCCCAGCCCAGCCGCCAAAGGAAAGUGGGGGCUUCCCCCAACGGUCAGUGUCAGGGGGUUCCUACCGCAGGGAUGGAGACAGUGGGAAGGGGUGGAGCUGGGAGGGAGGGUGGGGCAGGGCAGCACAGGGGGUAUUUUUGUAACGCUGUUGUCAGAACAGAUCGAAGUGGGAUGCUUUUAAGUUAUUGUUGCCAAAGAGACGUAAAAUUUAUUGUUGCUUUUGGGGUGUGGGUGGGGACUUGUUUUGAGUUUGUUUUUUGUUUGUUUAUUUGAGGCUUAUGAUGCUGGUACAAUGAUCGUCUUGUUCCUUUCUUGUCUGUUUUUUAAGAGAAAUCAAAGCUAAGGAAAAAAGCCUUCAUGCUAAGCGUGUUUUCUUUUGGAGUCUGCAGAUAAAGCCUUGGGCAGGAGGGGGCAUGGGCCGCGCUGGGGUGGGGUCCCUAUAGUCCCUUCUGACCACUGGGGGAUGCAGGAGGGAGACCACCCCUUCCUCCAACUGUCCUUGGCACACCUUGGUGGAGGGAGACAGUGACCUUGGGCCCCUAGGGUGCCCAGGUUGUGGUGUCUUCCCAGAACAGGGCCGGCGGACUGACACCUGCAGCCCUCACUUCUUCCUGCCUGGAAGCUGGCCCUGCCUAGGUAAGGGUGAGAGGGGACCUCUCCGGGAAGCUCUUCCUCCUGCCUCUCCAGGGGUCGCCCCUGUCCCUCAGCACGGGGAGGCCGGGUGAGGGGGCGGUGAGCUGGGAGCAAGGUGGGUUGUGAGAAGGUGGGGCUUCUGUGCCCCUCCACCGCAAACAUCUGCCCUGUGACCCUGCCUUGCCCCACCCGGCCUGCCUCCAGCUUCUGCAAGGUGAGAGCCUCUGGGGUCCCGCCCCCCCCCGUGCUUCGUGUUCUGGGCUGUGCGCAGAGCCCCUCCUGGGAGGGUCUGGGAGGAGCAAGCGAACGCUGCCCGGAAUGUCUCCUGAGGUAAGGACUGCUGUCACCAACGUGGUUAGUUAGCACGGCUGUAUUUCAGCCUCAAAUGUCAAACAGCAUGGAUCCGAUAAAGUUUCUAAAAUCUUAUAUUUCAGCUGAAAUAUGGAAACAGCCAGAGCAUUGAGGGGGCCCACCCAGGAAUCCUGGGGCAGGACCCCCUCAAUGGCACACAGCUUGGGGAGCCAGGCCACAGCACCGACCACCCUGGGGACAGGGAGGAGAGCUGGCGGCCCUGCAGCCAGUUCUGGAUAGGAGUUAGUUAGGGUGUGGGCAGCGAGAAACUGGGACAGAGAGGCCCACAAAACUGCCAGUGGGAGGGGGGAGACCCAGCAAAGCCCCAGU